CAGUGGGAAAUCACUCCCUUGGAGCGGGUGUGAGGGUGGAAGGGAGCCCUGGACGCCAGGUGCACACCAGUCCUGAGGUCUGAGUGCCUUCCAGGAGGCCAGGGGCUCUGCUCCUCCUCAGUGGUGUGGCCUGCUUGCCCCUGAUACCAAGAACAGCUGGGGUGCCAGCCUCCCCACCACGCCUCAGGGGCAGGGCGGCAUGAGCCGGGCCAGGCACAUGGGCAAGAUCCGCAAACGCCUGGAAGAUGUCAAGAGCCAGUGGGUCCGGCCGGCCAAGACGGACUUCAGCGACAACGAGAGCGCCCGGCUGGCCACAGACGCCCUCUUGGACGGGGGCCCCGAGGCCUACUGGGAGGUCCUCCGCAAGGAAGGCGAGGUGGACUUCCUGUCCUCCGUGGAGGCCCAGUACAUUCAGGCCCAAGCCCAGGGGCCCCCCUGCACUCCGGAGACCCCAGGAGGCGCCGAGGCAGGAACCAAGGGACUGGACUCCUGCUCGCUGCAGUCGGGCACCUACUACCCUGCAGCCUCGGAGGGCAGCGAGCCUGCUCUGCUGCACACCUGGGCCUCGGCCGAGAAGCCCUACCUGAAGGAAACGGCCAGCGCCACCGUGUACUUCCAGAUGGACAAGCACAACAACAUCCGAGACCUCAUCCGCCGCUGCAUCGCUCGGACCAGCCAGGUGCUGGCCAUCCUGAUGGACGUGUUCACAGACGUGGAGAUCUUCUGUGACAUUCUGGAGGCGGCCAACAAGCGCGGGGUGUUCGUCUGCGUGCUCCUGGACCAGGGAGGUGUGGGGCUCUUCCAGGAGAUGUGCGACAAAGUGCAGAUCUCGGACCGUCACCUCAAGAACCUUUCCGUCCGGAGCGUGGAGGCGGAGGUGUACUGUGCCAAGUCGGGCAGGAAGUUCUCGGGCCAGAUCCAGGAGAAGUUCAUCAUCUCGGACUGGAGAUACGUCCUCUCCGGGUCAUACAGCUUCACCUGGCUCUGCGGGCACGUCCACCGAAACAUCCUCUCCAAGUUCACAGGCCAGGCGGUGGAGCUGUUUGACGAGGAGUUCCGCCACCUCUACGCCUCCUCCAAGCCGGUGCUGGGCCUGAAGUCUCCUCGGCUGGCCGCACCCCUGCAGCCCGGAGCCGGACACAGCGCCCCACCCGGCCGCCUCAGCGGCAGCAGCCACUCCGCCAGCGACCCCUUCAGCAGCCCCUCCACGGGGAGCAACCCCCAGAACCGGAGCCUGUCCGUGUCUUCCGGGCCCGGCAGCCCCCCGGCCCCAAACCCACCUCCGCCCCCCAGGUUGCAGCUCUACCACGGCCUUUGCGGGGCCCUGAGCCCACAGGCCCGCUUCUCCCCGCGGCCCCACGACGGCCUGCCCGCCCUCUACAGCGACCUCAACGCCUGCAGGCCCCUGCGGCUGCAGUUCGGGCAGCUGGGCCUGGUGCCCAGGGUGGCCCACAUCUGGAGGCCAUUUCUACAGGUACCCCCUCACUUCUGAAGGGGGGCCCUGCCCCCCGCUGCCCUCCCAGGACUCCCGGGUGGCCUGGUCCAAGGGCCCCUUCAAAAACCUUGCCCCUGCUUGCCUUCGAGUGACAGGCUCUUGGACCUGUGUUUCCACAUUCCCAGGCCUGAGACCAUUCACUUGCCAGCCCCCACCUGUCCCUGGGUUCUCCCCUCUCUAGUCUGGCCCAUGCAGCACAUUCCAGAAGGUUCCAGGUGGUAGGGGGUGGAGAACUAGAGGGCAAAAUCGUGACGGUAGAUAGAGCCCCUUUCUCCCGUAGAGCCAGCCAGUGCUUUACUAUGGCCAUCCUUCGACUCUCUGUAACGUUGGAAGGGACAGAUGCAGCCCAUGUUUUGUGUGUGGGUAAACUGAGGCACUGAGCCACAGAGGGUGGGUGUGACCAACGUGCUCCUGUUUCCCAGUUCCCAGGAGCAGUCCGCUCCCGGGGGAUGCGGGAGAGGGGGGGAAGGUCCAGGAGAAGGACCGGGAACAUUCUGGAUGAUUCUAGGAGAGGUGGGGCAACUCCUGCUCCGCUGAGAGGUGUAAUACUGGGAGUCCCUUGGCCCCAUGCGUGAGGGGUAGGGCCCCAGAGCUGCCACUGUUAAGCUGUGUGGGGCCGAUGGAGACUGUAGGCACAGAGACGGGGCAAGCCAGGGCACUGAGGGGACAGAGCUGGACAGGGCAGCUUGGCAGCUCAGUGUUGAGGGUCAGUCGCUUCUAGGCAGAAGCAACAAGAGCCGGGUGCAGCUGGCCUGGGAAGAGCACCCCACAAGUGGC